UGGUUGAAGCGGAACAGUGCUUCGAGGCAGGCAGAGAGCUGAGAAACAAGGGGACAGGCACCUUGAGCAGAUUUUCACAGCUCAUCCUCCCCCCCCCCACCCCGCCCCCCGCACUUGCCAGGAGAUGGGGAAAAGCUGCAAAGUGGUUGUGUGUGGGCAAGCAGCAGUUGGGAAGACCUCCAUCCUAGAGCAGCUUCUCUACGGGAACCAUGUGGUUGGUUCAGAGAUGAUUGAAACUCAGGAAGAUAUCUACGUGGGUUCGAUUGAGACUGACCGAGGGGUGAGGGAGCAGGUGCGCUUCUAUGACACCCGAGGCUUGAGGGAUGGGCUUGAGCUACCCAAGCACUGCUUCUCCUGCACAGAUGGCUAUGUGCUUGUUUACAGCAUUGACAGCAAGGAGUCCUUCAAGAGGGUGGAAAUGCUCAAAAAGGAGAUUGACAAGAGCAAAGAUAAGAAAGAGGUCACCAUUGUGGUCUUGGGCAACAAGUGUGAUUUGCAGGAGUUGCGCCGUGUGGACCAUGAUGUGGUGCAGCACUGGGCCAAAGCAGAGAAGGUCAAGCUGUGGGAGGUCUCAGUUGCUGACCGCCGGACCCUCAUUGAACCUUUUGUCUACUUGGCUAGCAAGAUGACCCAGCCUCAGAGCAAGUCCGCUUUCCCACUUAGCCGCAAGAACAAAAGCAGUGGUUCUGUGGAUGGGUGAACCUUUGGGUGUCAUGCCCUCUGUACUUUGUACAAAUGCAUGCACACAAGAUCAUCCUUAUCAUGAAGUGAUAUGAAGCCAGAGCUUCAGGCAGCAAGAUUCCAGGUGGGGCACCAUUUUCCUUCCUCCAAUCUCCAUUUUUUAAGAGAGAGAAUUCCAAGUCAAGAGAAGUACAAAUCAUUUUGACUCUGUUUGACCUGCAAAAACAUUUAUAGCUAGCAGUGUGUGUGCGUGCGUGUGUGUGUGGGUCUAUUGCUAGCAGAUGCCAUGGUGUGUUUUGUGAAAAAAAAAAUAGCGGGUGAAUUAUAGCAAUGGUUGAAUUUUUAACUUCUUUCUUUAGUCAGCUGUUAAUUCUCACUUGUCUGAGAACCCUUGUGAGGGGUACUAAAUUCUGCUCUUAACAGAGGACUUUAACAGUCGCCAUGACAAAGAGGAGAUGGUUUCCAGAACGACUCCAUUUUGUUGGUGGACCUGCUUUGCUUGUCUGUCCUCCCUUCUCCUCGACCAGUUAUGAGGAAGGAGGGAUGCUUUGGUUUUUGCACAAGAUGGGGGAGGGGUGUCACCUCAAUGCUGUGGAGAAAGAGGCGAAUGGAAUCCCCUUGCUUAUUACAGGAAGACUUUCAUCCUUAGCAGGGUGGGGGGUAGGCGGGCUUCUACCUGCACAUCCCCACAGGUAAAACCUUAUUUAAAGGUUCUCCCCUUGCUGUUUUGUUUUCAGAUUUAUUACCACAGAGAGAGAGAGACCUAGUGUGGUGUAGUGGUUAGAUUUUUGAACCAGGAUGUGGGCAACCCAGGUUUGAAUUCCCACUCUGCCACAGAAGUUUGCUGGGUGACCUUGGGCCAGUCAUUCACUCUCUCUCAGCCUAACCUAUCUCACAGGGUUGUUGUGAGGAUAAAAUGGAUAAGGGGACAGUGUUGUAAGACAGUUUGUAUCCCCAUGGAGGAGAAAAGGGGGAUAUGAACCAAGUAAAAUAAAUAACAAAUAAAGAAAGAAGGUUGGGGAGGAAGUUUAAACCAAAAAGAAAAAUGGUUGCAAUGUCAGAAACUUGUUGGGCCCCCUUGGCUGUAACUUUCUACAAUCUUCAACCACCACAGAAACGUGCCCCAAACCUUUAAAAACAUUACAGGGAAAUUAAGAUAUAUUUUAAUUUUAGUUUUAAGAUCACAAGACAGCAGCAACAUUUGCACUGAAAUGUUGUGAGGCACAAAGAAGAUCGUCUCAGAUCCACCACUCGGUGCUUCAUUUGUUGCAGGAGAGGCCCCUGGGGCCGAGAGAUCAAAUAUGUGGUAACUACUGCCUGUGGUUGUUCAUGGUGAAGGGAAAUCAUGCUGCAGAUCCCCACUUCCUCUGCCCGUUUCUUCCUAAUUAUGACUUAAUCUCAGGCUUGCAAACUGUUAUCUGUUUACUAAUAAAGAUUAGACAGCGAA